GACCAGGCUUCUCUUCCUUAGUUGUCACUUUUAAUAUUAUUGUUUUCCAAACACAAUGGCUGAUAAAUAUUUUAGUAUAGCUACGCUCAAGUCACAGACAAGAGCUCCUACCCCAAAGGAGUCCGCGCAGAAUUAUCUUCGCUCAGAGGAUUCGUUAAAGCAAAUGCACCUAGACAAUAGUCAAAAGCUGGUCUACGAAAUCGUCGAUGACAUCUUUGAGCAGCGCAAGGGACAGUACGAGCAAUCGGAUUCGCUAGAAACCUCCAAUCAACGCUCAACAUCAUCGAAGAGCAUCGUGGACAAACGCUUGCACUACUGGAAGAACAUGAUACGUCAGCGUCGUGCUCUGCAGGGGAAAUUGAUGCGCAGCACGGGUAAAAUGCCGGAGGAUAUGCUCUUCAAUAGGGACAAUCGUGAGCAGCAAACGCUCAAUAGCAUUUUGGCCAAGGCAACUCAAAAUAGAGAGCCACAUAUUUUAGAAUUGGGUGCACGUAGCCCAUGUGUGGAGCCUGUGCAAAUGUGUGUACCAGAGAGUAAACUGCAUGAAUUUGUAGGCGUUCCCAAACCCAAUGACUUUGAGCUGCCACAAGAACAGACGCACACCAAAUGGAUAGACUCAGACUACUUGGGCCAGCACAUUAAUAAGAACUUUUGCAACAUAAGAGAUGUGCUCGAGUACUGUCCGGAUAUAAACGGACUGCAGGUCAUGGGUCAUAGCUAUAGAUUGUCCAAUGCGGGUCUCUUUCAAUCGAUGCACACUGUAACUUCCUCGACAAGUGCCUCAGACGCUUGUACCAUCUCCAGUUCACAUUUAACGUUUACUGAACGUGUGCUGGAGUACCGCUCUAAUCCUCAUAGUAUAAUGUCGAUGCAGCCGUCUGAAAUAAUCAAUCCAUCGGAGAGGAGCAAGCCGUUGAUCAGCGCACCCUCGCAACUGGCGUUGGUGAUCAAUAACACCACCUACAAGCGACAGCGACCCGAAUUCUCACCCAUACUCGAGCGCAAGUUCGUCUGCAAUCCCUACGAGCGCAUCUUGCGCACUGUAAUGCGAUUGGAAAACCUUGGCAGAGAUACCAUCAGAUUCAACUGGAUGCGUGCCGAGUUCUUUGCCUACAAUCAAACUCUAUUCGAUGCGCUAGACGAUGAGUUCAUAUUCGAUACAGAACCCUUUAUGCUGCGUCCAGGCGAAGCGCAUGAGGUCUCUGUGCUCUUCCGCCCACGCAAGGUCUGCAUAGUCAAGCAGCGCUGGCUGCUCACCACACAGCCGCGCAUCUUCUUUCGCUAUCCCUGCGCCCUGACGCUCAACAUGCACGGCCAGUGCACGCCGCCCGCUGAAUACAGCCAACACCUGAAGCGCAGCUUGCGCACUUGCUACCGCCGCUGUCCCCUGAACCUCAACCUAAUCUAUCCCGAGCUCUUUGCGCUGCAGCCUGUGUGCUAUUGUCCCAGCUCACGUGACCUGGACGAGCACGAGGCGUUCAAUGAGCGCAAUUUGGGCUACAGCUGCCAACGCAACAGCGACAUGCAGCAGCUCAAGCAGUUCUUUGAGCGCGUCAAGCAGCCGCAUUUGCGUUGGGACUACAGCAUCAGCAUGCUGCGUGAGCUGGUUUGCCACAAGAGCAGCAGACAGCAGCGUAUUGCGCUCCUUGCUGAGCUGCAUCAGCUGCUCGCCACACUUAGUGGCAAGUCGUUGCCGCUAAGCUUGUGCGAUGCGCCCGCCAAAGUGUCGCAACGUCAACGCAGCUGCUUCGUCUUUGUGCGUGGCAUCUUGGCCAAUAGCUUUGAGUUGUGGCUGGAGCGGCUUUGGCAGCUGGAGACGAAGCUACUAAAAGAGCAGCCGGGCAUAGUGCGGCGCUCUAAAAGCUUACGGGACUCUAUGUAUAUGUAUACCUAUGACUAUCUCUGUAACAUAAUGGAAGAUAUUGUGUCAGCUAUUGAAAGUAGUGAAGCUAGCUAAAUAAAACUAAGACAGAUGUAAAA